CGCCUCCGGUGCCUCCUCUUUCCCCCGGGGCUUCACUCCAUAGCGUAUUUCUUCAUGACCCUCAGCAUGUAUUCCGCCUGGGGGUUGUUCACGUUUCCCUCCCGGAGCAAAAUCAUCGCUUCCUGUAGCUCCUCCUUGGGCAACGUCCCCGCCAAGCAGAGCUGUAGGACUCCAGCGCACGCCCCGCGUUUCCCCUCCCAAUACUCAGGAUCGUCGGGGUCCAAGCGCUCCAGCACGUGGAAGGCCUUGGCCGC